AAUAGUAAAAUACUAAUUAACCGUCUGGUGGCGACUGCCGACUGGUAAGGUUCCAGAAAUGCGAACACGCGAUUGCAAUUUUUGAAUUUAAUUUUUAUGAUGUACAGAGUUCACUGUUCACCAACGUCACUAUAAUGAGUUACGAAUAGAACUCGGUUAAACUAUACUUACAUAUUCGCGAGAAUGAUAAAAUGAAAAGCGUAAAACCGUAAAUCGAUCACCACUUUUAGACUAUAUAUUUGGAAAAUGAUUUCCAAAAAUGGUAUCGUUAGUGUUUAUGGUUUUCUGCUUGGCUUGUCCGUCUUAUUCGUGUGGUUGUUACUCCAAAAUAACGUUUUUUUGGGUACUUAUGUAGACCGUACUGUUGUGAACCCGUUGCAUUUGUUUAUCGUGUACACGGCUAUUUCCAAUGUACUGGUACGGGUCGUCAAUAGAGGUAUUACUUAUAAAGUAUGUGCCCAAGCUUUGUUUUUGGGUUUGGUCAUGGCUGCAGGAUUGUUGAUCUCGAUCCAAGCGCCAGCCUCGUGGAAACCUUUUGGAUGGUACAUGUGUGUGAUGGCCAUAUUUCAUUACUCAGAGUUCCUCAGCAUAGCCGUGUGUAAUCCUAAAACACUAACGUCUUCAUCAUUCAUGUUGAAUCACAGUGUUGCAUAUGGUGUAGCUGCCACGACCAGUUGGCUGGAAUAUUUACUGUGGCAUUACUUCUUACGUGAUAUGAAAACUAUUCAUGCAAUUAGUUAUUGUGGUCUUGUUCUGUGUGCUUUUGGCGAAGCAUUGAGAAAAGGUGCCAUAUGGACUGCUAGAGAUAAUUUCACGCAUUUAGUGCAACAAGAAAAAACACAGACACAUACUUUGGUCACACAUGGUGUGUACUCAUGGUUCAGACAUCCUAGUUAUGUUGGAUGGUUUUACUGGUCCAUAGGCACACAGAUUGUCAUGAUUAAUCCUGUAUGUGUCGUGGCGUAUGCUCUGGCCAGCUGGAAAUUUUUCAAGGAUCGAAUCUACUACGAAGAAAUCACACUUUUGAAUUUCUUUGGAGAAGACUACAUUUCAUAUCAGGAAAAAGUGGGAAUUGGUUUACCUUUCAUCAGGGGAUUUGUAGUGACACGUGACAAAGAAUAAGAAAUAAGUGUUAACUGUUAUCCAAUUCGUAUUAAUGGAUUGGACAUCAAAAAACAUAUUAGACAACCGUGUAAAGUUGUUCCGCACAUAAUAAAUUAACUAAGUGCAUACAAAUAUGUAUAUUAUAUAUUUAAAGUAUAAAAAUAUAAAGUAAUACAAAAGUCUAUUGUUAAAUUACUUUUGUGUAAAAUAAGUGAUUAAAAAUAGCAUUUAUAUUUAUACUUAUGUAUGUAUAUAUUUUUUUUUAUAACAUAUUUUGAUAAUAAUAAUAAAUGUUUAAUCUUAUUUUAUAA